GUCUGAAUUACCGCCAUUUUUCCACGAAACUUACGAAAACACUCUUUAAACAUUAUUCUCAAGUUACUGAACUGACCAUGAAGGCUUUAGACACAAAGGACGAAUUCAAUACUUUCAUUAAUAGUGAUGCGGGAAAACUCUUCGUUAUUGAUUUCUGGGCUGAAUGGUGUGGACCAUGCAGAAUCAUUGGUCCCAAAUUUGAGGAAAUGAGUAAGGAGUUUUCUGAUGCAUCAUUUGCUAAAGUCAACGUUGAUGAUGCUGAUGAGAUAUCUGAAGACCAUGGAGUGUCCGCUUUGCCAACAUUUUUACUUUUUAAAAAUGGAAAGAAGAUCGCUGAAGUUAUAGGUGCAAGUGAAGAGAAACUUAGAGAAACUAUAAAGAGCAACAUGUAGGACAUUGGAACAAUUUCCAUAUAAUUCUAGAAAAAGCUUCCCAUUUUUUAAAUGAGCAUUAGACCACUACGAAAAUUCAUCAUUUACUAUGCAAAUUUUGAGAUGUACAUGUCCAAGCUCACAAUGAAUGGGCUUGAAGAUGUAAGUGUUAGGCUCAUUCAAAAUAACCCCAAACUAUUUUUGAUUCAUAAUGAUAAUUACACAGUCAAUAGAAUAUGACGUGAACUUUAUUUUCUCAAAAAACAAAGUUUGAAAAAUAUUGCUCAUGUUUCAAAUGGAAUUAUUAUUGUGCCUAUAAAUUCAAAAUUUUUUAGAUUUAUUUAGAAAGAGAAGCUAUUAAUUAGAUAAAGGGCCAGUAAUUAAGGAAGGAGUUCAAGAAUGAUAAAUGUGACUGAAAUACCAUAUGACUUUAAACUUUUGAUAUUGCGACAUGUGGUCUUUUAACUGUACACUUUAAGGCCAGGGUGCAUGUUGUAAUUUUUUGCAAUUUUGAAAAAUAAACCACUGAAUAUUCAAGUUCAAACAUUCUGAAGAAUUAUCAACCCUCAAUUAAUAAUCU